AUGUCAAACUAUACCCUAUCAAGACUUCCAGAUCAUAUCUUGCAUAUUUUCAAAAUAUAUGAAAGAGCAUCCAAUAAUGCAUUACCUUAUAAGAAUACCCGAAUUAAAAAUUAUUUGCAGAGAACUACACCAGAAUAUUACAAUUUCCAAAGAAAUAAGUUGUUAACGGUUGACUACGAAAAAGGUAAAUUCAAUCCUAAUGACUUUCCUCCUAUAAUAAGUACGCUAAUUAAGCCUAUAUUUGAAGGUCCGCUUGAAUUGGGGGGAUUGGAGAAUAUGCGAACCGAAGAUAUCUUCAAACAACACCAGGAUAAGAAGGGCUCUAGAGAAACAGAGGAUAAUAUAGCAGAUUUCACGCCUAUAAUAAGCUCAGCUAGUAGAACUACAAAGAAUUUUACUGAUUACCAGGCACAAAUAGCAAGCUCUUUUGCGGCAUAUUUCAGUCCGUAUCGUUCAGUGCCUCAAGUCAAUCUGAUCAAAAACUCUUUCCAGUGGUAUCAAAGACUACUUAAUAAUACACCCAUUAUUUUUGUUUUAAGGCAAACUAAUCGUCUUUUCUCGGAAGCAUCUCUUUCGCAAGUGAACAAACCGUUAAGUGAUUUCAAGAGGGCUAUAUCGCUGUUGCUGAACAGUUUCGCCGAUGAGAGUGAUAAGAGUAUUCGUAAUUAUCAUUUCACAGACUUGUCGACUGUAGACGUAUUUACUUUGGCCAAUAAAUCACAACGUCAUUUUCAAUCCGACAAAGAUUUUGAUAAGUUAUUUGCUACGGCUAAUUGGAGAACUCAGAAUAAUGUUCGUGAUAAGCUCAGUGAAGCUUUGUUAGCGAACAAAUCGGUAGAAUUGACUGACAAAUCGUUCAAUCCAGUGAAUGUGUCACCGCAUGAAAUCAUUAGUAAGUUUCCGUUGCAUAAAGUUUUGAAGGAGCUUGAAUACACAAACGUAAGAGAGGCAUUUCCUUACGACAUAAAAUAUCAUGACUAUCAUUUACUCACAAUUGAAAAUCCUAUAAUACAAGAAGAUCAUUCUGAACUUCUCAACAUCCUAGAUGCAUAUAAGGAUUCAUUUGAAAUUAUUUCUGUUAGGAUGGGAUUAAAUAAUCAAAAUAUCGCUGAUUUUUUCUCCCACGAUGUCCAUGCUAGUGAUGUACCUACCUCAAAGUCAUACGACGAAUUAUUACAAAUUGCAAAAUCGAAACACGAUGAGGCUGGUCAGAAGAAGAAUGAAAUAUCCAGUAUAGACACAUUAAUGAAAAGAUUGGGCGAGUCUGGCUUAAUCAGAGUAGAGGAAGGAUUUGCCAAAAAUUGUAUAUAUUUAUUUCAUAAACAUUAG